AUGGCCUCCGCCGAAGACCCCAGUAACACCGGUGCCGCCCUCUACAACGAAGACGAGGACCUUCUCGAUGAGGAAGAUGAUGACGACAGCUCUGACCACGGCGAAGAUGUCUAUCUGGAGGCUGACGUUGACGUCGAUGAGGAUUCGGCCUCCUCGUCUCCGGCCACUGCAUCUGCGUCUGUUUCUGUUGUCGAUCGGCCUCCGGCUUCUGUCUCCGCCGCUCAAGUUACCGUCGCCGUCGCUGACGUCCCCGAUUUUCGUGUGAACCAGCAGUUACAACAACAGCAGCAUAUUCCUGAUGACGUGAUCACUGGCGUCACCAGGAAGCCGCAGGCUAUAGCGUUCCCCGACGAGUCACGCAAGCUGUUUCAGCGUCUCUGGACUGAUGAGGACGAAAUCGAGCUGUUGCAGGGGUUUCUGGACUAUACUACUCAGCGUGGGCCACAAAGUUCAUCGCACCACCAUGAUACGACGGCCUUCUAUGACCAGAUCAAGGAUAAACUGCAGCUUGAUUUCAAUAAGAAUCAGCUUGUGGAGAAGCUGAGGAGGCUCAAGAAGAAGUAUCGCAACGUCAUAAGUAAAUCUGGUUCCGGCAAAGAUCACGCCUUCAAGAGUCCCCACGACCAGGCCACCUUCGAAAUCUCCAGUAAAAUCUGGGGCGACAGUGUUGGAGUCAACGGCUCCGCCGUUCGUGCUGCCCCGACUGAUGAGGCAAGGUUUGACGAUAAUGAUCCUAACAACUCCAAUUUUGUUGGCAACCAAAGCCCUAACCCGAACAACCCUAAUGGCUUCGAUGGAAAUAGCAAGACGCCCCGAUCCAGGAAGCGAAACCGAGCUGGAGCAUUGAAAGUCGAGGAAAAACAGCAUGCCUUUACCGGUAAUACUCAAAUUAAUCAGCCAUCAGUGGGAGUGGGUGUGGUCACCCCAAUGGCUACUCCUUUAGGCGUGGGGAUACCAGCAUCAAUAUCAAACGUGAUUGAGGAGACUGUGAGAAGCUGUUUGUCGCCCUUUUUCAAGGAGUUGUUGGGAAAUUCUACGAAUUUGAAUGGGAAUGCACUGAUCAGAUUAAAGCACAGUUGGAGGAGCUCAGGUCCAUGGGGAGUUAAUGGCCAGCUUUCUUCAGUAGCAAGUGUUUACUGGCUUUUUAACUUUCCUGACUCAUGGAAAACUUGUGACAUUCAGAUGUAG